AUGGCGGCGACCUCAGCAGACGGACAGGCACAUGCACAGGCCUCGCCCAAAAUACUCAUCUCCAUGCGCAAUCUGAAGCUCACCGAGCUGCCUUCCCAUCCUCAACUCAAAGACCACGAGUCAAGCACCAGCCCGGAUGUACAAUCCUUCGUACAAGCCCUCCUCAACGAAGGGCAUGCUUUUAUCACGGACCAGAAGAUUUGGCAGGAUGCCGGGCAGAAGAAUGCAUCUCCUGCGAAAGCAUCUGUGAAGAUCACGAAAUAUUCACGAACCACGCCAGGUUCACAGAGCGAAGAGACAUGGUUUCAGAGGACCAGCUUACACGAAAACAAAGCUGAGCCAGGCACAGCGACCUUUGACGAGUUCGACAAUGGCCUGAGAGAAAACCACUCCAAGAAUGAGCAGGAAUACACGCCGGGACUGGUAGAAGUUCACGAACUUCUGAAUUAUAAGGCACUGCUCGAGGGGAAAGGCAGAACAGCAGGUCGAUGGCAGGAUGUCGAUUUGUACUUGAUGCAGAUGCGACACAAGGUGCCAUCGCCACUCAAGAAUCGCGUUUUCACGGUAGUGGUGGCUGCCGGCAAGAUUGAGAACGAGUUUGUCGAUGUACAAAUUCCCGUGGAACUGCCCAACAACGCCAAAUACAAGGAGACUAGCACCGAAAUAGUGCACGGAGUAUACGCAAGCGUGGAGCGGGGCUCACUGGAAGAGAAUGGUACCCAUGUGAAAUGGCAGAUGGGCACAGCAAGCGAUGCGAAAGGCAUACUGCCGCUAUUCAUUCAGAAGAUCGCUAUGCCUGGAGAGAUUGCGAAAGACGUUGGACGCUUCGUCGAAUGGCGUGGGCGUUUGCGCAAGUCGCACUCGUGA